AUGAGUAGCAAGCUCGCGAAUGAAUCUAUGAGUGCUGCAGUUAGAGAUGGAGGGCUGAAGAGACUGACAAGUCCUCAAUCAGACAACUGUGAUGUCUUGUCAAUAUCUUCAACUACAGUGACAGCAUCUGAAUGCAAUAUAAGUAACAACUCUGACACUGUUUCGGCAAGAAAUGAUAGUUCAAUUACUCUGUCGGCCAGCUCAUUGUCAGCAACAGUUACUGCAAGCUCUGAUGAUGAACCUAGAGAACUACCAAGCAUCUCGGGGAAAAUGACUAGGCAUAGGCAAAUAAUGCAGCAAAGAUCCAAAAUGCAUAAGCAUGUAUGGAACAUUUCUGGCAAAACUGUAGGUAGCGCAGAAAAAACAAUAGCGUCUCUGAAAAAGAAAAUUAAAAAUCUUCAGCAGCAAAAUCGCAGACUGAAGUCUAAAGUAUAUUCCCAGCAAUCAUUAAUGGAGUAUUUGAGGGAGACAUGUGGUUUGACGCCAAAUGCAGGACUAGUUUUGAAUGUAGGUAUCAGUUGCAUGCUGCUACACACUUCAAUUAGCCUAGAACUUAUUGUUUCCAUUUUAGUUUAA